AGCCAAAAUGAAGGGCAUAGUCUCGGUCUGCUGCUUCUUCUUUCUGCUGGUCCUGGCCACAGCAGAGCCGGCGGGAGAGGGGCCGGGAACUGGGACGGUGGAGGAUGAGCCGCUGGUGCGCCUGCAGCUGCAGCAGCCCGAGGGUCAGCCGCUCUUCCCCUGUCCCUGCGACGGGGGCGAGGACCGCAGCCAGAGUUCCAACGACACGCCUGCCCCGGAGAGGGGCGUCUGCCAACCCUGUGCGGCGGCCGCCCCGAGCACGGGGGAGCCCGCCGUAGAGGAGGAGGAGGAGGGGGAGGGGGAGGAGGCUGACGCUGCCGCCCCCGGAGACGAGGCGGAGUCCUCCGAAGAGGAGGCUGCAUCUGAGGACUCGGCCGAGUCUGCCGAGGAAGAGGAUGUAGCCGCUGCUGAAGAUGCCGGGGAGUCUGCUGAGGUCGAACCCCAGGAGGGGGAAGAGGCCGCUGAGCCCACAUCCAUGGAGGAGGCCGGGGAGGAGUCGAGCGAGGAGCAGGAGGGUGGAGAAGAAGAGGAGAUGUCUGUGGAGGUGCCUCUCCAAAGUGAGGAGGAGGAGGAGGAGGAGGAUGCAGAGACCGUGCCUGCAGAGGAGCCAGAGGUGAGUGAGGAGGUCUCCUCUGAAGAAGAGGAGGAAGCUGUGGAAGAAGAGGAGGAGACAGCGGAGGAGGCUGUAGCAACUGCUGAAGCUUCUGAGGAGGAUGCAGCCCCAGAGGAAGCUGUGGAGGAAGUGGAGGAGGAAGCUGAGCCUGAGGUCCCUGAGGAAGUGGAAACCGAAGCUGAAUCAGCGGUCGCCGAGGAAGCGGUGGCUGAAGCUGAGCCUGAAGCUGAGCCUGAGGUUGUCGUGGAAGCGGAGGCUGAGGCUGAAGCUGAGCCUGAGGUUGUCGCAGAAGCAGAGGCAGAGCCUGAAGCUGAGCCUGCUGUUGCCGAGGAAACGGAGCCCGAAGCUGAGGUGGUUCUUGAUGCGGCAGCUGAAGCUCCAGAGGAGGAGGUGGCCGUGGAGACUCCGGAAGAGGUGGUGGAGGAAAGUGUUCCCGUGGAAACAGUGGACGAGCAGGAGGCUGUGGUUGAAGACGUCCAGGAGGAGGAAGAGCAGGUGGAACCCCAAGAGGUGACCGUGAAAGAGGAGGAAGUGGUGGGCGAUGCAAUGCGAGACAGGUCCCACAUCGAAGAAAAGCUGCGUCUGGCCACGGCCGAGCCCUCAGCCGCGUACACAGCGGCCCAGCAGAAGCUGCGUCACAUCUACCACACGUCCAUCAAGCCCAUGGAGCAAGCGUACAAGUACAAUGAGCUGCGGCAGCAUGAGAUCUCAGAUGCAGAGAUCUCCUCCAAGCCCUUGGUGCUGUUCCUGGGGCCCUGGAGCGUUGGCAAGUCCUCCAUGAUCAACUACCUGCUGGGUCUGCAGGACACCCCCUACCAACUGUACACAGGAGCGGAGCCCACCACCUCCGAGUUCACGGUGAUCAUGCACGGGGAGAAGUUCCGCACCAUCGAGGGCAUCGUCAUGGCAGCAGACAGUUCGCGCAACUUCUCGCCGCUGGAGAAGUUCGGCCAGAACUUCCUGGAGAAGCUGAUCGGCAUCGAGAUUCCCAACAAGCUCCUGGAGAGAGUCAACAUUGUGGACACGCCCGGCAUUAUCGAGAACCGCAAGCAGCAGGAGAGAGGGUACCCCUUCAGCGACGUGUGCCAGUGGUUCAUCGACCGGGCGGACCUGAUCUUCCUGGUGUUCGACCCGACCAAGCUGGACGUGGGCCUGGAGCUGGAGCUGCUCUUCAAACAACUGAAAGGCCGGGAGUCCCAGAUCCGCAUCAUCCUUAACAAGGCCGACAGCCUGGCCACGCAGGACCUGAUGCGCGUCUACGGCGCCCUCUUCUGGAGCAUGGCGCCGCUCAUCAACGUGACGGAGCCGCCCCGCGUCUACGUCAGCUCCUUCUGGCCCUACGACUACUCCGCGGACACCAGCCGCGGCCUCUUCAUCAAGGAGGAGACCUCGCUGAUGGAGGACCUCAACCAGGUGAUCGAGAACCGCCUGGAGAACAAGAUCGCCUUCAUCCGCCAACACGGCAUCCGCGUGCGCAUCCACGCCCUGCUGGUGGACCGCUACGUGCAGACCUUCCGCGACAAGAUGGGCUUCUUCAGCGACCCGGACACCGUCUUCCGGGAGAUCGUGGAGGACCCGGACAAGUUUUACAUCUUCAAGUCCAUCCUGGCCAAGACCAACGUCAGCAAGUUCGACCUGCCCAGCCGCGACGCCUACCGCGACUUCUUCGGCAUCAACCCCGUCAGCGGCUUCAAGCAGCUCUCCUCCCAGUGCUCCUGGCUGGGCGGCUGCCUGCUGGACAAGAUCGAGGCGGCCAUCACCGACGAGCUGCCCGCCCUGCUGAGCAGCAUCUCCCCCGGCAACGCUGCGGGGCUGGCGUCCUGCGAGGCCGCCGCUGGGGGGGCGGGCUGCGGGGAGAAGCCCGUCAACCGCUACCGGAGACAGUGAGGUGUGUGGGGGGGCAGCGGUGGGUUCCUGUCCGAUGCCCCUCCAAUACCCCCCUCACGGGAGUCCCAGAAUGUAGCCUGGAAGGGACACCUGUGGAGGGGAGGGGAGACGUUUUCGAAUUUAUUAUCUGAUC